CGCGACAAGACGGCGCGAGAUCGAUCGAUCGCAACCGGUAGCCGUCCCCGAGCGUGCCCGGCUUUGAUCCUGGCUGCUGCUGGAUUUGACGCCCUGACAGCAGGACCGAACUUGCGCGAUCCAAUCGUGCGUUGUUGCCGUUUUCGAAGAGCGGAUUACUCUCACCUUUCAAGGCUGGAUGUCGGCUGUGAUUGACCAACCUCUCACAAUCGCCGUUAGUGUGACGCUCGGCGUUUUGUGCUUGGCGCUGGCCGUUUACGUCUACUACCCGACAAAAGCUGGGGCCGCGACCCGCCGACGCAAGCACGCCACUUACGCGUCCAUUGCCUGAUUGUUUCUACUAAGUCUUGAUUUGCUCAAGCAAGCCCCAAAAAACUGAUCCGCCCCUCCCUGCAACAUGGCCAUGCUUCUACUUCCGUUUUGGCUUGCCGAUCGCCUGGCGACUCUGGCCAGCCUGGUCACCCCACCAAAAGCCACGGUCUAUGCCGCCGUCGAGGGCGGUGGCACGAGCUGGCGCGCAGCCAUCGCCGUUGGCCGACCCGACAACAUUGUCGAGCGUACCACCUUUAAAACCGAAAAGCCCGAGGUGACACUCGUUGCCAUCCGCAAGUGGCUUGAUGCCCGAAAAUAUGAUAGCCUUGGCAUUGGUACUUUUGGUCCCAUCCAACCCGAUCGCUCCCACCCCCAGUACGGUUGUAUCACUUCAACCCCAAAGCCCUUUUGGAAGAAUGCCAAGGUGGUGCAAACGCUGUGCCCAUCCGGCAUUCCACAUCUCUUUGAUACCGAUGUCAACGCCCCUGCUUAUGCAGAAUUCCUGGCCCUCCACGCCACCAAUCCCGGCUUGACAUCCCUGGCCUACAUCACUGUUGGCACCGGUGUUGGCAUCGGCCUGGUUAUCAAUGGCCAACCAGUCCACGGUCUUUUGCAUCCAGAAGGUGGCCACAUGCUUAUUCGUCGUCAGCCCGGAGAAACCUUUGCGGGCGUUUGUCCCUUCCACAAGGACUGUGUCGAAGGCCUCGUCUCUGCCCCCGCCCUCGCUGCUCGCCGCGGCGUUUCGCAGGAAGAACUCGCCAACCUUGAUGAUGAUGAUUUCAUCUGGGACGCCGCUGCGGACGCCCUAGCCAACGCCUGCGCCAACCUGCUGCUCACGGUCUCUCCCCAAGCCAUCGUCAUUUCCGGAGGCGUCAUGCUCCGCGCUUGCCUCUUUGACAAAGUCCGCGCUCGGACACUGGAACUGUUGGCCGGAUAUGUUGACGUGGAGCAGCUCUUACAACGUCCUGAAGAGGUCAUCCGCCCCUCUACCUGGGGCAACAAUGCCGGUAUCAUGGGAGCUUUGCAUCUGUCCAAAACUGCGCUCGAGCGCAGUUGA